GGAGCUGAGGCUGCCGCUCCCGCGCCUCGCCGGCCGCUCCCCCGGUUGCCGCGGCCGCUGCGCCGCAGCUGCAGGAUUGCUAACGGCCAGGAGAAAUAUAGUGGAAAAUGCAAAACAACGAAAUAAUAAAACCUGCCAAAUAUUUCUCAGAAUUGGAAAAGAGCAUCUUGCUUGCUUUAGUGGAAAAGUACAAAUAUGUGCUUGAAUGUAAAAAAAGUGACGCGCGAACUAUUGCACUCAAGCAGCGUACCUGGCAAGCACUUGCGCACGAAUACAACUCUCAGCCAAGCGUAUCACUGCGGGAUUUCAAACAGCUGAAGAAGUGCUGGGAAAACAUCAAGGCUCGGACCAAAAAAAUAAUGGCCCAUGAAAGGAGAGAGAAAGUGAAGCGGAGUGUCAGCCCACUUCUCAGUACCCACGUCCUCGGGAAGGAGAAGAUUGCCAACAUGCUGCCUGAGCAGCUCUACUUCCUGCAGAGCCCUCCGGAAGAAGAGCCCGAGUACCAUCCGGAUGCUGCAGCCCAAGAAUCAUUUGCUGUUUCAAAUAGAGAACUGUGCGAUGAUGAGAAAGAGUUGAUACAUUUUCCAGUAUGUGAGGGGACCUCUCAACCUGAACCCUCAUGUUCAGCUGUCAGAAUAACAGCCAAUAAAAACUACAGGAGCAAAACCUCUCAGGAAGGUGCUUUAAAAAAGAUGCAUGAGGAAGAACACCAUCAACAAAUGUCCAUCUUACAACUGCAGCUGAUACAAAUGAAUGAGGUUCAUGUGGCCAAAAUCCAGCAGAUAGAGCGAGAGUGUGAGAUGGCAGAGGAGGAACACAGGAUAAAAAUGGAAGUUCUCAAUAAAAAGAAGAUGUAUUGGGAAAGAAAACUGCAAACUUUUACCAAGGAAUGGCCUGUUUCCUCAUUUAACCGGCCCUUUCCCAAUUCACCCUAAGACUUCGGGGGUGGCUCACUUGUACUUAAUGUGUGUUGGCAAAGAAAGUCUGGGAUGUGAACAUGCGGUCAGUAACCUGUCACAGAGCUACAACUAGGAAAAUCAGAGUGGUGGUAGUCACUUAUUUAAGAAUACAUUCAGGUAAACAGCUGUACCCUGUGUACCCUGUAAGUGGCUGAGAAGCUGUUUUAGUCUUCUGAAAAUUAUCACUAUUGAGUGCUAUAAUUCUGAAUGUAAUGUCUCCUUAAUUAGAAUUCAUACAAGAACCAUGUGUGAGUGUUGUAUUUUUUUUUAAAAACCAAAUGCAAAUGUGACUCUAAAGGAGUGUGGCUGAUUUUCUUUUUUAAACAGUAGAACUUUUCUAUCCAAAUGAAUCCUAUCCCGUUGAAAGUGGCUGUCCUGGGAGGCCACAUGUUUCUCCAGCUGUGAUGCUCUUGCUCAGAACGUGGUAGAGGCCUUUAGGGAACCUCCAUGAGAGCUGCAGUCCUUUUUUUUUCCCCCCCUUUUCUUUCCCAGUGUAUUUUGCUUCUGUUUUGUAACAGCCCAACAUUUGGAAGGAUAUUUUCUAAGGGGGCCUAUAAACUGCCUUUUAAGGCCUUUCCCCCAAAGAGUAGUUCCAAAUAACGUCUCCGACAAUGGUAGCUUUGUUGGAACUAAUGAUGUGACUACUUUGAGGGAAAAAUGUUCAUUUAGAUUUAUACAUUCUGUUAUGUUUGUUUUAUUAAAAAACUGACAAUUUUAUAGUCACACUGCGUGUGUUUCUUAAAGGUGCUGCUUUCCUAACUGUACUCUAGUUUUUGCCUUUCUUCUGGUUUUCCUCCCAACUUUGUACUACUGAGUUACUGCUUGCCCUUGUAUUUUGUCUUCGGCUACCUAAAGAAAAUCUCUUCCCUCACCAUGCUUAUGGUGCUAGCUCAUAGUAAUGCUAUGUAGUUUGCAUUAUACAGUUAGCACUGGGCUUUUUAAAAAUCCAUUACCAGCAUAUUUGGAAAUAUGGAUUGAUAGAUGGAUACUGUGAUUGAGCUGCGACAUAGCUUCUCCUGUAGCUUAAUGUUAAAAACAGCCCCAGGAGUUGGGGAUAGUAGUAACUGGAAGAAGCAAAGGGACACUUUAGUGCCAAGACAGAGCAGCAAUUUCUUAGAAUGAAAUGUCAAGGCCUUGUGGUGAGAGUAUAUGUGGCAGAGGCCAUAUUAGGGAGUGUAGGACUAGGAGUCAGGGCCUGAAUUCUAAGCUUCUGCCUUAAGUUGCUAUGUGACCUUGGGCAACAACCUUUAAUCCUUGGUGUUUCCUGUCCAUAAAACAAGGGAGUUGGACUAGAUAAUGUUCAGUGUCUGCUACAACUCCUUGACAAUGGUGUGUAUAGUCAUAGAUGGGCACUGCUAACAUCAUGGUCAUCCAGAGAGCAUGGGUUGGUAGGGAGCAAUUGUUUACUCCAUUGGCUAAGCUUGCUUCGUUCAUAAUUUUUGAAUUUCGGGUCCUGGGGACUGUAAGUUCAGUAAGGUUCAGAUAUACUUGCUAUUUACGGACUAUAUAAAACUUAAAUGGAAAUCUAUUUUAUACAUGGAAUCAUACUUUAAAUAACUUUAGAGAAACUGGCUGUUUGACGGAACCCUGUGAAGAUUAGACUUCUUUGAAAGGAAAAACCCUUUUGUAAGGAUUUGUGUUCUUUAUUUAGUUUCUACCAGACGGAACCAUUAGAGAGUAAAGCAUCUGUGUAAAAGUCCACGCUUAAAUGGUUUGUGUAAGACUAACCAUAGACUUCAUGCGCUCCCACCACUUCAGGAUGAGCACAUCGCACAACAAGGCCUAAACAUAGAUGUGAACCAAGAAAAGUUUGCUUUUUCUUCCCCUUCUGAUCCACCUGGAGAUUUCAUUAAUAUGCAGAUUUGGGUUUAGUAGUUCUGGAGGGGGGCCUGAGUUUUUGCAUUUCUUACAAGCUCCCAGGUGAUGCCAGUUCUGCUUGUCUGGUGACCAGACUUCUAAGUAGCAAGGUUUUAGAGGACUCUGUGAAGUUUAUGGAGCCCUGGUGGUACAGUGGUUAAGAGUUACAGCUGCUAACCAAAAGGUCUGGCAGUUCAAAUCUACCAGCUGCUCCUUGGAAACCCUCUGAGGUGGUUCUGCUGUCCUCUAUGGUUGCUGUAAGUUGGAAUCAACUUGACGGCAUCCGGUCUGAUUUUUUUGGGUUUGGUGAAGUUUUUAUUUACUCUUCUAAAAGAAUUGGAUUAGGUACAUCUUUGGGGAUAGCAGCGUGCUAGAUGUUAUUCUUUCUGUCAGAACUUAAUACUAAGUGCAUGAACAACAAUGUGGAACAACAUAGAAAAGGCCUAUACACAGUAGUAUAUUUUAAUGUAACUGUAACAGCAUUGAACCAAUUCUUAACCGAACAUAUAAAGGACAAUUAAACCAGCAGCCUAAGGUACUUUGCUCUAAUGUUAAUGGUAUUUAUGAGUUUAUAACAGUAGUUUACAACCUUGACUAUGCAUUAGAAACAGUAUUUUAUAAAGAAUCAGUACUGAGACCCACUACUAGAGGAUUCUGAUUUACUUGGCCUGGGUUGGAGCAUGGUCCUUUGUAUUUUUCAGAAGCUUAAUAGGUGAUCAUGAUCAUAAUCAGGGUUGAGGACCACUGGUGUCUAGGUUCACAAAUGUAUCUCACUGAAUCCUUAACAAUCCUAUGAGGAUAGGUAGAAGUGAGGAAAUGAUGCUGAGAAGAACCAGCUAGCACAUGCCCUGUAGCUAGUGGAUGGCAAAGCAGAACCUUAAACCAGGAUUCCUCUUUGUUCUGGUUUGAACCCCUGCUGAGAAUUUGAAUUUCCACCCCAGAUAUACUGAAUCAGAAUCUAUAGUUUAACAAGAUUUCCAGGUGAUUCUUAUGUAUAAUAAAUUUUGAGAACCAUUGCUCUGCUAGUGGAGCCCUGGUGGUGCAAUGGUUAAGAGCUUGGCUGCUAAAAAAAGGGUCAGUUCAAAUCCAUCAGCCACUCCUUGGAAACCCUAUGGGGCAGUUCCACCCUACAUUUCCACCUGUUCUGUAGGGUUGCUAUUGAGUCGGAAUCGACUUGACGGCAACGAGUUUGGUUUUGGUUUUAGUGGUUCUCAGAACUGGUCCUUAACCAGCAGUAUUAGCAUCACCUGGAAACUUGUUAGAAAUGCAGAUUCUCAGCAGGGGUUGUAACUGGAAUGAACUGGUUGGAAGCUCUGUUUCAAACCCAGGUCUCCUGACUCCAAAACUUAGAGCUGUGCCUGCUUGCACCCAUCCCAUGCCUUGAAGCUAUGUCAUGAUUUGUUCAUCCUGAGCACCACAUCACUCUACAGGAUACUUGCAGUGUUUUUUUGCAUUCAUGAACAGGCACAAUCCCAAUUCAUUUCACUUUUGAGCAGUUUCUUACCUAAGGUAGAUGCAAUAACCAUUCACUGGUAGGUGCUAUAGGGACUAGAUAAAUAUUAACACAUUAUUUACCAUGCCCCACCCUGCCCAAUCCUGGACACAGCUCACUUGGGGAGAUAAGGCUUAUACGAAGUUAUCAUGUAACUGAUCAGUGCAUGUCUUCAAGUGUGUUUAUAGCUCAAAGCAGAUAGGUUACUUUUAGCUAAGGAGAUUGAAAAGAAGGCCUUGUAGAGGAGCUGGCAUUUGAACUAAGUCUUUAGAGUUAGUAUUUUGGCAGUGGUGGUUAGAAAAGGAGAGGGCCUUCACUAGACUCAAGGUCCUGUUGAAGAUUCAAGAUGAUGAGACACAUAAUUGGGAGGCGGAGAAAGCAUGCAACAUUUCCAAAUUGGGUGUGAUCACAAUUGUGUUCCAGGAGGACAAUUAAGAGGUGGAACUGAGUGGAGAGAAGACUGGAGUCAAGGAGAUGAGGUAGGAGGGUUCAGCCCUGGUUAGGAUAAGAUGAUACGAGGACCUAGAGAAGGUCCUCAGAAGACAAGGGAGACCACUGCGAGAGACAAUGCAGAAGUGGAAUGAGUAGGGCUUGGCAGUUGACUGCUUCUGUUGGUGAGGAGGGGCAAAGUUUUGAGCCAGAUAUCUGGGAUAAUGAGGUUGCCAACUUAAAGAAAGAAAGGAUGCAUUUCUAGCUCUGACCUGCCCUAGGAGAGGCCUAUGCACAAACUAGUGCUACUGCCUCCCACUCAGACUCAAAUGCCAGCACCUCCACCCACCUUUGGCUAUCACAUCUUUGCCCUGACUUCUGCCUCUUCAGCUGCCUCUGUUGCCACUUCCACCUGUUCAUCUACCGCUUUAGCUCUUCUCUGCUGGAUCCUUGGGCACCUCUCUGGUUUUGGUGCUGCCUCUGAUGUCAGUACGUCCAUUGUGGCUGGGGGUUGCUUUAGUUGCCAUGUCAUACUGCCUUAGCGCUAGAAAGAUCAGAAAAGGCUUUUUUUUUUUUUAAACCAUGAUCUCCAGUUUCUCUCUAGAUGCUCUUGGGACCCACACAUUUAUUUCAGAGUUGGUUUUUUGUUUGUUUUUAAUGUCCUGUGUUGUAUAAAGAAGCAUUGGCUAAAACGGCUGCUAAUCCCUAUGUAUUACUCUCAUGGCCCCUUUAUAAAAAGCAAACCUGGAAUCCUACCCUGUAAUGCACCAAAGAUUCAGGAAGUGUUUUAGGAUUUUUGCAGGGAGAAUUCUUAAAUGCAUUGGAUUUUCCCCCUUUUUCAAUUAAGAAGAAGGGGAAUGGAAGAGAAGUGGCAUGGAGGGAGAGUGCAUUUGAGUUGUCAGCCCCCUCUGCAGUGUCAGGUCAUUACAUCAUCACUUGGUCUGGGCAAGAGGAAAGGAAUGGUUCUGCCUCCUGGGAAUGUCAGAAGGACUUGAUAAUUAUAUUUGGCAAAGCCAUGAGGAAUGGCUCUGUAAUGUCAUUGCUAAGAAUUACUCUUUUAACAGCAUUUCUAGAUAUCUGAGCCUUUCAACUGGAAUGACACUCUUUUCCACUAUGCCUUUCCUUUCUGUUGGGCCGGUGCCCAGCUGGUCCUCUGUUCUUCCUUGCCCUUGCUUUCACAUCAGUCCGUGUUUUCUCUUCUGUCUUCCCCCUUUCCAGCCCUGCUCUCCAAUCCCUCCUUCCACGCUCACCUUCCCCUGUUUUCGAGGUGGAAUCAUGUGAGAAUGUGUGUGAAGGGAAUGCUUGCCAAAAGACAGCACAUUCAACAUUGGGUAUCAACAAGGUAAAGUUUAGCCUUAGACUAGUCAGACUAAUGAUGUCUUACUUCCAUGCUGCAUCUGCUACUUUUGUGUUGGUGGGACUCAGAAGUCAUGGGAGAGCUCGCCAGUGAUCUGUGACUGCAACAAAUUUCUAAUGUGCCAUAUAUUAUGCCCUUCAACACCACCUAUGAAUCUCUGCCUCAGUUUCUCCAUCUGUGAAAGUGGUGUAAUACUUAUCUACCUCCCUUGAAUGUUAUGAAGAUUAGUAUGUGUUGGUAAAUCACUUUUAAAAUAAAGAGUGAUGUAAAGCAUUUUACCAUUAUUGUUGUCAUUGUGAUACGG